UGUAUUCUCAUCGCUGGCCAUGUCGAAAUGACGACGGCAACUUCCUGCUUCAACCCUUUCCUUUACUUCUUUGCCCUCCUCUUAGUCCAUCUCGCCUGCUUCUUCUUCCCCCCCUCCGGAGGAGAACAACAGGAACCAUCGCAGUUCAACCGGAGGAGGGCGAGGAGGGCUGCCCCCUCUUCUCUCUUGAAAGCCUCAACCUCAGCUCCGGCGAAGACCCCGGUGAAGUAUUCUAUAUCUCUCCGGUCCUGCCUUGCACAAGGCCUCUGCUUUCUUACGCCAAAGAACAAGGAACCGGAGCAGAGGAAAACAGAGGCCGCCGCCGCCGUCGUUUUAGACCAUGAGUACCGUUACACCUCUAGGUUCAACAUGUACUCGUGUCCAGAUUGCGACGAGGACUUCCGUAUUCCCCAGCUCCUAGACCUCCACCGCUCCACCAAGCACUCCUUCUCCGACCUCAGUUGCAGCGACCCCGGCUACAAUGUCGUCCGCAUCAUCUUCUUCGCAGGGUGGAAAGGCCGCGGUCCGGUCGCGGUCCACCGCCUCCUCAAGAUCCACCACUCGGGUCGGACCCUCGCCCGGUUCGAGGAGUACCGUGCUGCAGUCCGGAGCAGGGCCGAGACUAUUGUUGUUGGCGGCGGAGGGGGCGAAGAACGGUGCGUCGCGGACGGGAACGAGCGGCUUGGAUUCUACAGCACGACGUGCCUGUGCGGCCUAGGGGGAGGCGCGUGCGGGGUCGGGCGGUGCGAAGCCUGCCCGGUGGUGCGGCGAGGCAGCUUCGCGGGGAAGAGUGGCCGGGAGCUGGGGGUGAUGGCGACGCACGCCACCGGGUGGGGCGCGCACGUGGCACCGGCGGCGAGGGAGAUGCGGCAGGCGGGGGAGCGCAAGGUGAUUGUGAUGUGCCGCGUGGUGGCCGGGAGGGUUGCCCACGGGGCAGCUGCGGCGGAGAAGAAGGCCGCGGUGGCGGAGGGGUUCGAUUCGGUAAUCCCGGGGUGCAGAAGCGUCGCCGGCGGCGAGGAGGAUGAGUUGUUGUUGGUGUUUAGUCCUAAAGCACUGUUGCCGUGCUUCGUCAUCAUUUACACCGCAUGAGCGAUACGCUCCGUUUGCUUUACUUCGCUCUUCCGUUUACUUGGAUAGACAUAUAACCAAAUAAA